UCGUCGUGAACGGGAUGGUAAGCCCGUGUGGAUGAGUGGUCCUCCAGUAUGCUGCUACCAUGACUGACGUCUCAGAUGGCGAGGGCCUCUUGGUUUGCAGAACGCUUUCUGUUGAGAUCGACCAUCUCGCUUCCGGUUCCUAGACUUGCUGCUUCCACAAAUUACAGCACACUUCCCUCAAACAGAAAUGGAGCCCAACCUCAGCAGUUGGACCCUGAGCUGGAAGAAAUCCUGGUGCCAAGGAAGAUGUCGAUCUCCCCCCUUGAAAGCUGGCUGACGGUCCAGUAUGUCCUCCCUAAAGGUGGAGGUGCUGUCAAUGUUUGUGAGAAGCUAGGCUAUGAACCCAACCAUCAGUAUGACCUCCCCCCAUCUUCCUGGGAUGCAGAGGGUGAGGAUGACAGCGAGGAGGGAGGAGGCGAGCUGAACCGGGGCAAAAUGGAAUGCAAGAACAUUUUGAAGAUCCAGAGAAGGAAGAUGAACAGACACAAGUACAGGAAGCUGGUGAAGCGGACAAUGUUUUUGCGGAAGAAGGUCAUAGAAGGUCAGUGCUGGAGGAAACAAAAAAGGUUUGAACGAGAUCUGGAACGCGUCUGGAGGAGAGCCGGACUGAGGAAGGCUCCUGAGGGAUGGACAACAUCUCAAGAUGGACAACAUCUCAUAUAUCUCAAGAAGUCCGAUUGA